CGAGGAGACGACAAGAAAUCGAAAGCCGCAAAACAUUUCGUGUUGCCUUUUCAACUACAAUUUAACUGGAAGCUUUGUAAAUCUGGAAAAUUGCAUUGAAAUUAGUGCUGUGACAGUUGAACUACGUGAACAGAACAUAGCGUUUUUCCAGAAUAUCCCUCAAAACGACUCAGACGUACGAAAGAGGAAACCGUUGUGACAUAUUUUCUAAAUAUGUAAAUAUGUCACACAGAUUCACAAUUUAGAAAAAAUACAAGAAUUAAACAUUUUUGGAUAGUUCUUAAUUUCCAAACAGUUUUUAUAGAAAAAGCACAAUGCGUCCUGCUGGUGGAACACUGCUGGAAAUCCCUCUCCGAGAUUCGGACGAGGUGAUAGAAAUUGAUGUAACUCAGUUGCCAGACGCUAGCGAAAUAAUUGACAUUUUGCGUCAAGAAAAUGCUCCUCUGAAUACGUGGUCCAGUUUUGCGCUAGAAUAUUACAGAGAAGGACGAGAUGAAGAAUUCUUGAAAAUUAUUGAAAUCGGGAGAAAAGAGGCCAACACCAACUACAAAGACAGCGACAAGUCUUUAAUGAAGAUUCUUGAUAGUCUUGCAGCAUAUUAUGUUAAGAAGGCAAACAAAGAACGGACCAAGGACAAACGAAAAGAUUACUUUAGCAAGGCUACAGUUCUCUACACUACCGCCGAUAAGAUCAUCAUGUAUGAUCAAAAUCACUUGUUGGGUCGUGCUUUCUUUUGUCUUCUUGAAGGUGACAAAAUGGAGCAAGCUGAUGCCCAAUUUAAUUUCGUACUUGGCCAGUCUCCAUCCAGCAUUCCAGCCCUUCUUGGAAAAGCAUGCAUCGCCUUCAACAAGAAGGACUUUAGAGGAUCUCUUGCUUUCUACAAGAAAGCCCUUCGAACCAAUCCCCAGUGUCCUGCAGACGUGCGCGUUGGAAUUGGUCACUGUUUUAUGAAGUUGGGCAACAAGGACAAGGCUGAAUUAGCAUAUGAACGAGCAAUUGAACUGAAUCCAAAGUGUAUAGGAGCCUUGGUAGGGAUGGCAAUUCACAACAUGAACAUUCGGGAAAAAGACUCGAUCCGGCUUGGAGUUCAGCUUUUAUCAAGAGCCUACAGCGUAGACCCCACAAAUCCGAUGGUUCUUAAUCAUCUCGCCGAUCAUUUUUUCUUCAAGCGGGACUUUCAGAAAGUUCAACAUUUGGCUCUACAUGCAUUUCACAAUACCGAGAAUGAAGCGAUGCGAGCUGAAAGUUGCUACCAACUAGCGAGGUCAUUCCAUAUUCAGGGGGAUUAUGACCAAGCCUUCCAGUACUACUACCAAUCAACCCAGUUUGCAGGAUCAAACUUUGUUUUACCAAACUUUGGAUUGGGACAGAUGUACAUUUCUAGGGGUGAUAGCGAGAAUGCGGCCCAAUGUUUUGAAAAAGUUUUGAAAGUGGAACCAGAGAACUACGAGACAAUGAAGAUUUUAGGCUCUCUCUACGCUAACUCGAGCAGUCAGUCCAAAAGAGAUAUUGCUAAAGAUUACCUGAAGAAAGUCACAACUAGGGAACCUGAUGACGUCGAAGCAUGGAUUGAAUUGGCUCAAAUUCUCGAACAAACUGAUUUACUUGAAAGUCAAAAAAGCUACAACACUGCAAUCAAACUGUUUCAGGAGAAAGUUAAGGUUUCUGUACCUCCGGAAAUAUAUAGCAAUUUGGGAUCACUCAACUAUAGGCUGGGUAAUUACCAAGAAGCUCUAAAAUGCUUUGAGAAAGCCUUACAACGAUCACAAGCUGAAGGAGAGAAAGGAGAUAGUCAUUAUUACAAUUCUAUUUCCGUUACUAUUUCAUACAACUUGGCUCGUGUUCACGAAGCAAUGUGCAACUUUGGCGAGGCCGAAAAAUUAUACAAGGACAUUUUAAAGGAACAUCCGAAUUACGUGGAUUGUUAUCUGAGACUGGGAUGUAUGUCCAGAGACAAGGGGCAAAUCUACGAUGCCUCAGAUUGGUUCAAAGAAGCCCUUCAACUGAGUAAUGAGCACCCGGAUGCAUGGACCUUGAUUGGAAAUUUGCAUCUAAGCAAGAUGGAGUGGGGGCCUGGUCAGAAGAAGUUUGAGAGGAUCUUGAAAAACUCGUCAACUCAGAAUGAUGCAUAUUCUUGCAUCGCGCUGGGAAAUGUGUGGUUACAAACCCUGUACACUCCAAGUCGGGACAAGAACAAAGAGGCUCGACACCAGGAACGAGCACUUGCAAUCUACAAACAAGCGUUACGUAGUGAUCCUAAAAAUAUUUGGGCAGCCAAUGGAAUUGGAAGUAUCCUAGCCCAUAAGGGAUGUAUUAACGAAGCUCGAGACAUUUUUGCGCAAGUGAGAGAAGCUACAGCAGAAUUCAGCGAUGUUUGGCUGAAUAUUGCCCAUGUCUAUGUUGAGCAAAAGUUGUACGUCAGCGCUGUUCAAAUGUAUGAAAACUGUAUGAAAAAGUUUUACAAGUAUCAUCACACCGAAAUUCUCCAGUACCUUGCUCGAGCUUAUUACAAGAACGGAAAACUGAAAGAAGCAAAGCUAGCUUUAUUGAGGUCCAGACGAGUGUCUCCAAAUGACACGAUUUUGUUAUAUAAUUUGGCCCUCGUUCUUCAAAAAUUGGCUACUCAAAUUCUCCGUGACGAAAAAUCUGUUUUACAAAUGGUGUUGUCAGCAGUUAAUGAGCUAGGCCUGGCUCACAAAUACUUUCAAUACCUUUCAAUGAAUGGUGACAGGACCAAGUAUGAUUUAGGACAAGCCGCAGCUGAAGCUCAACAAUGUCAAGAUAUUUUGUCGCAAGCUCAAUAUCAUGUUGCAAGAGCAAGAAAGUUGGACGAAGAGGAAAAAAUGCUCCGAAGAAAGCAAGAGGAUGAGCGGGAUGCUUUCAGAUUUAAGCAAAUGGAAGAGCUAAAGCGUAAUGAGGAGCAAAAGGUCCAACAGAAAGAAGAGAUGCUUCGUAAACGAGAAGAGUUUAAGGAAAAGUCCAAGAAUGCCAUGAUGUUUAUGGAACCUCCACCGGAAACGAAAGGAUCCAAACGAGGACGGCGUCGAGAAGGCGAUGGUGACAUUAUUUCGGAUGGUUCCGGAUCUGGUGGAGAUAACAAUGGCGAGUCUCGACCCAAAAAGAAGAGAGUAAAACGUGAGGGAGAUCGUGAACGUGGACGAAGUCGUAAGGGUGGUACUGGAGAAAGGAAAGGUCGUAAGCCCAAGAAAAUUGACAGAGAUGAUGGUCUUAGCGCUAAACAGAGAAGAAAAAUUAAAUCCAAAGCCACAAUCUCUUCGUCUGAUGACAGCGACUCUGAAAACGAGCGAAAGAACCGAAAAAAUAGUCGCAGCCGAAGCCGUAGUGGCAGUGGAUCAGAUCAAGGAAAACGCAGCGGAAGCGAAUCGGAUGGUGGGAAGCACCAGAAGGGUGGAAGAAAACGUAUUGCUUCGUCGUCAGAGUCUGAUGGAGAUGCUGGUGGUAAAAGUAAAGGCCGUUCAAGAUCUCGUUCACAAUCGCGAUCUUCCAGAUCUGGAUCCAGGUCUCGAAGUGGUUCCCCUGCUUCGCGAAAAUCUGGCUCAAGGAGUAGAAGCGGUUCUCGUGCGUCUAAGCACUCUGGUUCUCGGUCAAGAAGUGGCUCUCGUACAUCCAAACAUUCUGGUUCUCGGUCAAGAAGUGGCUCUCGUACAUCCAAGCAUUCUGGUUCUCGGUCUCGAUCGGGAAGCCCUGCCAGAAGAUCAAGGUCCGGGUCUAGAAGUCAAAGUGGUAGCCCUACUCGGUCUGCCAAAUCGAAAUCCCGUUCUAGAUCCAGAAGUGGUAGUCGUGCUCACUCUAAAUCACGGUCGCGUAGCAGGUCAGGUUCUCGUUCGCGAAGCGCAAGUCCAACAAGAUCAAAAAGUGCGAGUCCUCGCCCUGGAUCUGUAAAGUCUGGAUCAAGAUCACGAAGCCAUAGCCCUGCUGCAUCUGGUAGUGCUUCUGACUAAAUAAUUUUUUUUAUCAAUCUGUAAAAAUGUAUAUUUCUACCGAGUGUAGUUGUAUUAUAGUACAUACAUAGGUUCCUAAAUUUCUGUACCAUAACUAUAAUUAUAUUUACCAUAAACUAAUGUUAUUUAAGUGGAAACCAUAUUUUAUUAACUAUCUACUGUAUAUAUAUGUAUGUAAAUGUGGCGUACUCCUUAUUUGAUUCUUUGAUAAUUUAGUGCUUUAGUCAAUUUCAUAAAAUCCUUAAUAUCUAUUAACUUUUUUGAAAAAUAAAUCACAGUUUUAUUAGUGUUAGAAAA